AUGACCCUCAAGCAGUAUUACCAGCCCGACAGCAAGGCGCAGGCCGCGUACCCCAUCCCCAUCCCCGUGCCAGCCCCCGCGCCCGCCGCGCCGGUCCCGUAUGGCCAGGCAUUCCCUCCGCAAGCCUCUCAGCCCCAAGCCACUCAGCCGGGAUACGCUCCUCAGCCUGCUAUGGCUCCCGGUCCUCCUGCCGUUGUCAUCCAGGCCCCGCCCGAUAAGACCGGCGUCGUAGCCAAGACUGCGGCGUGCUGCGGUAUCGGCGCGCUAUUCGCCGGGCUGUGCAUGCUCUGCACCGAGUAUUGCGUCUGCGACGCCAUGUUCUAUGCGUGA